GUACCUGCGGUUUCCAACCCUGCAAUCAUCGCCGACUCCUGCUCGCUCCGACGUCGGCGUCGGUGUUGGCAUCACCUUCUUCCGUCACACUGCUUUUCCACCUUGCGACGGCUUCCGCCCACUGCUCCGACGCCUUCAGUCUUCGUUGUUGUAGCUUAUCGAGGAUUAGGCCUUGAUGGGUACGGAGAGAAAGAGGAAGGUUAGUCUGUUUGAUGUGGUAGACGACACUACAGCUAAAAUGGCCAAAGCAAAUGGUGGGGCUAUCGGUGUCAACAACAGCAUUGGUAACAAUCUAAUUAGUAGGUGGACUGGGAGACCUUACUCAGCAAGGUACUACGAAAUUUUGGAGAAGAGAAAGACCUUACCUGUAUGGCAACAGAAGGAGGAGUUUUUUCAGGUUUUGAAGGCUAAUCAGACUCUGAUAUUGGUUGGGGAGACUGGUAGUGGCAAAACUACCCAGAUCCCUCAAUUUGUUCUGGAAGCUUUAGAUUUAGAAACCCCUGAUAAACGCAGGAAGAUGAUGAUUGGAUGCACUCAGCCUCGUAGAGUGGCUGCAAUGUCUGUUUCCAGACGUGUAGCGGAAGAGAUGGAUGUAAAUAUUGGCGAAGAGGUUGGUUAUAGCAUCAGAUUUGAGGAUUGCAGUAGUGCCAGGACAGUUUUGAAGUAUCUCACGGAUGGUAUGCUUCUAAGAGAAGCAAUGACAGAUCCACUUUUGGAGCGAUACAAAGUAAUUAUUCUUGAUGAGGCGCAUGAAAGGACUUUGGCUACAGAUGUGCUGUUUGGUCUUCUUAAGGAAGUGCUUAAAAAUAGACCUGACCUAAAGUUGGUUGUUAUGAGUGCAACUCUUGAGGCUGAAAAGUUUCAGGGCUAUUUUAAUGGUGCGCCUCUUAUGAAAGUUCCUGGAAGGCUUCAUCCCGUGGAAAUUUUUUAUACUCAGGAACCUGAAAGGGAUUACUUGGAAGCUGCCAUCAGGACUGUGGUGCAGAUUCACAUGUGUGAACCUCCUGGAGAUAUACUUGUAUUCUUGACUGGUGAGGAAGAGAUAGAAGAUGCAUGCCGCAAAAUAUCAAAAGAAAUUGGAAACUUGGGAGAUCAGGUGGGCCCUGUCAAAGCUGUUCCUUUGUACUCUACACUUCCUCCAGCUAUGCAGCAGAAGAUUUUUGAUCCAGCUCCACCUCCACUUACAGAGGGUGGGCCUCCUGGAAGGAAGAUUGUGGUGUCAACAAAUAUAGCAGAAACUUCCUUGACGAUUGAUGGUAUAGUCUACGUUAUUGACCCUGGGUUUUCUAAGCAGAAGGUUUAUAACCCAAGAGUUCGAGUUGAGUCUUUAUUAGUAUCUCCAAUAUCAAAAGCUAGCGCACACCAGAGAUCAGGGCGUGCUGGAAGAACGCAACCAGGGAAAUGUUUUAGACUUUACACUGAGAAAAGUUUCAGUAAUGAUCUCCAGCCCCAGACAUAUCCAGAAAUUUUAAGAUCAAAUCUUGCCAACACAGUUCUUACCUUGAAGAAACUGGGUAUAGAUGACUUGGUGCAUUUUGAUUUCAUGGAUCCCCCUGCUCCUGAGACGUUGAUGCGCGCACUGGAAGUGUUGAAUUACUUGGGUGCACUGGAUGAUGAUGGUAACUUAACAAAAUUGGGGGAAAUUAUGAGUGAAUUUCCCUUGGACCCACAGAUGUCAAAGAUGCUCGUUGUCAGUCCUGAAUUCAAUUGUUCAAAUGAGAUCCUAUCAAUUUCUGCCAUGCUUUCAGUACCCAAUUGCUUUGUCCGGCCUAGGGAGGCACAAAAAGCGGCUGAUGAAGCAAAAGCUAGGUUUGGGCAUAUUGAUGGAGAUCAUCUCACCCUCUUGAAUGUGUAUCAUGCUUACAAGCAAAACAAUGAGGACCCCUCUUGGUGCUACGAUAACUUCGUUAAUCAUAGGGCACUGAAAGCAGCCGAUAAUGUUAGACAACAGCUAGUGCGCAUCAUGGCCCGGUUCAACCUCAAGUUAUGCAGUACUGAUUUCAACAGUCGUGAAUACUAUGUCAACAUAAGAAAGGCUAUGCUAGCAGGAUAUUUCAUGCAGGUAGCUCACCUGGAGCGCACAGGACACUACUUGACAGUAAAAGACAACCAGGUGGUGCACUUGCAUCCAUCCAAUUGCCUGGAUCACAAGCCUGAAUGGGUCAUCUACAAUGAAUACGUUCUAACCAGCAGGAAUUUUAUUCGUACAGUGACGGACAUACGUGGGGAGUGGCUAGUUGACGUAGCACCGCAUUACUAUGAUUUGUCUAAUUUUCCACAAUGUGAGGCCAAGCGAGUUCUUGAGAGGCUUUACAAGAAGCGGGAGAGGGAAAAUGAGGAAGCCAGGAGGAAAUGAAGUCUUAGCCAUCCUCAGAUAUGAAGUGAUACUUUCACAUGCGGAUUAAAUGCUUCUUCUCCUGGCAAUGGAUUACUAAAAUCCUCUGGUUUUAUUACCUCCGAAGGGGAUGCUUAAGCAUUGGCUGGAGUUCUUUGUACUAUUCACUAAUAUAUUAGUAGCAUGCUCUCUCUCAUCCUAGUUAAGCUGUAACCUAUCAAGUAAUUGAUAUUUAUGGGAUUGAUUUUUAGUGUUCUUCCCAUUUUUUGGUUCUAUAUCGACUGAUGUUCUUUCCAAGCGAGAAUGAAGUUGACAUGAAAUUGUGACCCCUACGAUCUGUUACGGAAAGUCCGAAAAGGCUCAAUAGAAAUGUAUUUUGGUUCUUUUUUGUUUU